AUGGCUGAGCUGCCCAUCGCGGAGCUGCCUCCAGCCCACUGCAGCAGCUGCUUCACCAUCAGCACCCUCCUGGGCACGGAGGAGGGUGGUUGUAGUUCCUACGUGCCCACCGAGGGCUCCAGUUGUGGCAGUACUCACCCGCUCUUGGGCAGCACCCUCUGCACCAGGACCUUCAGCUACAACACGGUGGACAUCAUGCCCGCCUAUGAGCACUAUGCCAACAGCAAGAGGGUGGGAGACAAUGGGAAGGGCAGGCCUUUGCUGGCAGACCUGCACUCCAUCCUCAAGCUGGACCCAGGCCACCUCUGUGCACCUGUGUCUGACCUGCAGCAGAGCAACGGGCUGAUGGAGGCCAGCCCAGAGGAGGCACCAGGGGAGAUGGGCAGAGACCUUGUGCUGGAGCCCAUCCACUUUGGAUGGGUGAAGGGUGUGAUGAUUCACUGCAUGCUGAACAUCUGGGGAGUCAUCCUCGACCUGCGCCUGCCCUGGAUCACUGCCCAGGUGGGAAUCGCCCUGACAUGGCUCAUCAUCCUGAUGUCCGUGACAGUGACCACCAUCGCUGGCCUGUCCAUCUCCGCCAUAUCCACCAACGGCAAAGUGAAGUCAGGGGGCACCUAUUUCCUCAUCUCGUGGAGCCUUGGGCCAGAGCUGGGUGGCUCCAUCGGGCUGAUCUUCACCUUCGCAAACGCAGUGGCCAUGGCCAUGCACAUGGUGGGCUUUGCCAAAACUGCCCAGAACCUCCUGCAGGAGCACAACUCCCUCAUCAUGGACCCCACCAACGACAUCCGCAUCAUUGGGGUGGUCACCGUGACAGUGCCGUUGGGCAUCUCCCUGGCCAGCAUUGAGUGGAAGGCCAAGGCACAGAUACUGUUCUUCCUGGUCAUCUUAGUUUCCUUCAUAAACUACCUGGUGGGGAUGGUGAUCCCUGCCACCACUGAGAAGUAAGCAAAGGGCUUCUUCAGCUACCGAGCCGACAUCUUUGCCCAGAACUUCGUGCCCAACUGGCAGGGACCCAAGGGCUCCUUCUUCAGCUUGUUUUCCAUUUUCUUCCCAUCAGCAACCAGCAUCCUGGCUGGAGCCAACAUUUCAGGUGACCUGAAGGAUCCCACCAUGGCCAUCCCCAAGGGCACCUUGAUGGCCAUCUUCUGGACCACCAUGUCUUACCUGGUGCUUUCUGCUACAAUCAGCACCUGUGUGGUCUGGGAUGCCUCAGGCAGCCUCAACAACAGUGUGGCACUGGGCUCGCUGGGCUGUGAGGGGCUGGCCUGUGCUUUCAGAUGGAACUUCACUGCCUGUGCCCAGUGGCAGAGCUGCCAAUAUGGGCUCAGCAACUACUACCAGAGCAUGAGCAUGGUGUCUGGAUUUGGCCCCCUCAUCACAGCAGGGAUCUUUGGUGCUACCCUCUCCUUGGCACUGGCCUGCCUUGUCUCAGCCCCCAAAGUCUUCCAGUGUCUCUGCAGGGACCAGCUCUACCCUCUCAUAAGCUUCUUCAGGAAGGGCUAUGGGAGGAACAGCGAGCCCAUCCGCGGCUACAUGCUCACCUACGUCAUCGCCGUUGGCUUCAUCCUCAUUGCUGAUCUCAACACCAUCACCCCCAUCAUCUCCAACUUCUUCCUCUGCUCCUAUGCCCUCAUCAACUUCAGCUGCUUCCACGCCUCCAUCACCAACUCCCCAGGCUGGCAACCCUCCUUUCAGUAUUACAGCAAGUGGGCUGCGCUCUUUGGGGCUGCCAUCUCAGUGGUGAUCAUGUUCCUGCUGACCUGGUGGGCAGCCUUCAUUGCCUUCGGCAUUGUCAUCUUCCUCCUGGGAUACAUCCUCUACAAAAAGCCAGAUGUCAACUGGGGCUCCUCCAUGCAAGCCAGCUUGUACAACAUGGCCCUCAACUACUCAGUGGGGCUGAGCCAAGUGGAUGAGCACGUCAAGAAUUACAGACCGCAGUGCCUGGUGCUCACCGGCCCUCCCAAUUUCCACCCGGACCUGGUGGACUUCGUGGGGACCUUCACCAAGAACCUCAGUCUGAUGCUCUGCAGCAAUGUGCUGAUUGGACUGUGGAAACAGAAGAUGCCAGAGUCUCGGCUGACAGCAGACGGCCACACCAAGUGGCUUAUGAAGAGGAAGAUCAAGGCUUUCUAUACGGAUGUGGUAGCUGAGAAUCUGAGAAGUGGUGUCCAAAUGCUCAUCCAGACUGCUGGCCUCGGGAAGAUGAGACCCAACAUCCCGGUGCUGGGCUACAAGAGGAACUGGCGGAUGGUGUCCUCACAGAGCCUGGAGGACUAUGUGGGCAUCCUGCACGAUGCCUUUGAUUUCAAGUAUGGUGUGUGCUUGAUGAGGAUGAAGGAAGGUCUGAAUGUUUCCUGAGUGCUUCAGGCACAUGUGAAUCCCACCACCUUGGCCAGCGAGCAGCAGGCAAGCACCAUCUUCCAGAGAGAGCAGGGCAAGAAGACCAUUGACAUUUACUGGCUCUUCGACAGUGGAGGUCUCGCGCUGCUCAUCCCCUACCUCCUGGGGCACAAGAAGUGGUGGGGAAAGUGCAAAAUCGGUGUGUUUGUCAGCGGGCAGAUCAACAUGAUGGAUGAGGAGAAGAAGGUGAUCGUCUCUCUGCUGAGCAAGUUCCGCCUCAGCUUCCACGAGGUCCACAUCCUCCCUGACAUCAGCCAGAAACCCCCGCCAGAGCACAUCAAGAGGUUUGAUGACCUCAUCGCUCCCUUCAGGCUAAAUGAUGGCUUCAAAGAUGAGGCCACAGUGAAUGAGAUAAGGCAGGGCUGUCCCUGGAAGAUUUCUGACAAGGAGGUUGAUAAGAACAGAGCCAAGUCACUCCAAGUGAGGCUGAAUGAGAUUUUGCUGGACUACUCUCAGGACAUGGCACUCAUAGCCAUCACACUGCCCAUCAGCAGGAAGGGCUGCCCCCGCUCCCUCUACAUGGCCUGGCUUAAGACACUCUCACAGGACCUGCAACCCCUCAUCAUCCUCAUCCGAGGCAACCAAGAGAACACGCUGACCUUUUACUGCCAGUAA